UCAGAUCGGAUUGGGGCUGAGCCCCGCCUCCUCACGAUGAUUGGUCGUGGCGCCAGAGGCUCUUCCCUUGACCCCCGCCCCCAGAUCUCCUGGGUGACCGGGACGCUGUUAGCGGCAGGGGCCGCGCUCCCCCUUGCCCUCGGAGCGGCAGCGCAUGCGCACAUGAAAUAUUGACUCGGGAGCCCCGGGAGAGAAGAUGAAGCGAGUUUUUACUCUAUUAGAAAAGGCUUUGCUUGGUUCCCCUGUGCAGUUCACCUGGCAGAAAACUUCAGGAAACUUCCUUGCUGUGACAGGAACUGAUCACACUGUAAAAAUCUUUGAUCGUCAUGGUCAGAAGAGAAAUGAAAUUAAUUUACCAAGCAACUGUGUUGCUAUGGACUGGGAUAAAGAUGGGGACACCUUAGCCAUAAUUGCUGACAAAUCUAGUACCGUUUAUCUGUGGGAUGCCAACACAAACAAAACAAGCCAGGUGGACAGUGGCAUGAGAGACCCAAUGUCUUUCUUGCUUUGGUCCAAAGUUGGAGCCUUGCUUGCUGUUGGAACAACUAAGGGAAACUUGCUUAUUUAUAACCGACAGACUUCUCGCAAGAUUCCUGUCCUUGGUAAACACACCAAGCGGAUCACUUGUGGUUGCUGGAGUACUGAAAACCUGCUGGCACUAGGUAGUGAAGACAAAAUGAUAACUAUUAGCAAUCAGGAAGGAGAUACUAUAAGACAGACUUCAGUGAGAUCGGAUCCCAGUGAUAUGCAGUUCUCAGUGAUGAAGACUGAUGAAAGAAUAUCAGCUAGGGAAAGCACAGUAAGCGUGGUGGUUGGCAAGAAAACAUUGUUUCUUUUUAAUUUGAAUGAUCCUGAUAACCCAAUUGAUCUGGAAUUCCAGCAGCGCUAUGGCAACAUUGUAACCUAUAGAUGGUAUGGUGAUGGCUACAUCAUGAUUGGCUUCUCACGUGGGUGCUUUGUUGUUAUUUCUACACACAUUCGUGAGAUUGGUCAAGAGAUUUUUCAAGCUCGCAAUCAUAAGGAUAACCUAACCAGCAUUGCAAUAUCACAAUCACUAAACAAAGCUGCAUCAUGUGGAGACAACUGCAUUAAGAUUCAUGACCUGUCAGAACUGAAAGAAAUGUAUGCUAUAAUAAACCUGGAUGAUGAAAAUAAAGGUCUAGAUCACCUGGCUUGGACAGAUGAUGGACAGUUGUUGGCAGUGUCUACACAAAGAGGCUCACUUCACGUCUUCUUGACAAAGCUUCCAAUCCUUGGAGAUGCUUGCGGCACACGGAUUGCGUACCUCACUUCUCUUCUUGAAGUUACUGUGGCCAAUCAUGUUGAAGGAGAGCUACCAAUCACAGUUUCUGUUGAAGUGGAGCCAAACUUUGUUGCUGUAGGUCUUUAUCAUUUGGCUGUAGGAAUGAAUAAUCGUGCUUGGUUUUAUGUACUUGGAGAGAAUAGUGUAAAAAAGCUUAAAGACAUGGAGUAUCUGGGGACAGUAACCAGUGUAUGUCUUAAUUCUGACUAUGCUGCCGCACUGUUUGAGGGGAAAGUCCAGUUGCAUAUGAUAGAAGGUGAAGGUUUGGAUGCUCUGGAAGAACGAGAGACUCGACUUUUCCCAGCGGUGGAUGAUAAAUGUCGAAUCUUGUGCCAUGCUCUUACUGGUGAUUUCCUCAUCUAUGGUACAGAUACAGGUGUUAUUCAAUAUUUCUACAUUGAAGACUGGCAAUACGUGAAUGAAUAUCGGCAUCCUGUCAGUGUGAGAAAAAUCUUUCCAGACCCCAAUGGAACCAGAUUGGUUUUCAUUGAUGACAAAAGUGAUGGCUUUGUGUAUUACCCAGUAAAUGAUGGUGUUCAUGAGAUCCCAAAUUUUCCACCAACCGUUAAAGGCAUUCUGUGGGAAAAUUGGCCAAUAGAUAAAGGUGUAUUUGCUGCUUACGAUGAUGAUAAAGUAUAUACUUAUGUCUUCCAUAAGGAUACCAUACAAGGGUCCAAGGUUAUUUUGGCAGGUGGCACCAAAGUUCCCUUUUCCCACAAACCAUUGCUUUUGUAUAAUGGAGAAUUAACCUGUCAGACUCAGAGUGGGAAAACAAACAAUAUCUAUCUUAGUACUCAUAGUUUCCUUGGCGUUUUGAAAGACACCGGGUUUAAUGAGCUGAAACAAAUACUUACUCAGACUUUAAUGCUGAAAAGGUUUGCUGAAGCAUGGGAGGUAUGCAAACUUCUGAAUGAUCAAUCUGGUUGGAAUGAGCUGGCCAGAGCUUGCCUACAUCACAUGGAAUUGGAGUUUGCAGUACGUGUUUAUCGGACAAUUGGAAAUGUUGGGAUGGUGAUGUCACUAGAGCAAAUAAAGGGAAUAGAAGACCACAACCUUUUAGCCGGACAUCUUGCCAUGUUUACUAAUGACUUUAAUCUGGCUCAGGAUUUAUAUCUGGCAUCCACCUGUCCUGUUGCUGCACUUGAGAUGAGAAGAGAUUUGCAGCAUUGGGACAGCGCAUUACAGCUGGCUAAGCGUUUGGCCCCAGACCAGAUCCCGUUCAUAUCAAAGGAGUAUGCCAUGCAGCUUGAAUUCACGGGUGAUUAUGUGAAUGCUUUGGCGCACUAUGAGAAGGGAAUCACAAGGGACAAUAAGUACCAGGAACAUGAUGAAGCUUGCCUAGCUGGAGUGGCUCAGAUGUCCAUUCGAAUGGGAGACAUUCGUCGGGGGGUUAACCAAGCCAUUAAACAUCCUAGCAGGCUGCUAAAGAGAGACUGUGGAGCCAUUCUGGAGAGUAUGAAGCAAUUUUCAGAAGCCGCCCAACUAUAUGAAAAGGGGCAAUAUCAUGACAAGGCAGCGUCAGUAUAUAUCCGCUGUAAAAACUGGGCAAAGGUUGGUGAGCUUCUCCCUUGUGUAUCAUCUCCAAAGAUACACCUGCAGUAUGCCAAGGCAAAAGAAGCAGAUGGCAGAUACAAGGAAGCGGUUGUGGCUUAUGAGAAUGCCAAACAAUGGGACAAUGUAAUCCGGCUAUAUUUGGAUCAUCUUAACAAUCCUGAAAAAGCUGUUAGUAUUGUCAGGGAAACACAGUCUCUCGAUGGAGCCAAGAUGGUAGCCAGAUUCUUUCUGCAGUUGGGUGACUAUGGUUCUGCCAUCCAGUUUCUGGUCAUGUCCAAGUGUAAUAAUGAAGCUUUCACACUGGCCCAACAACACAAUAAGAUGGAGAUUUAUGCUGACAUCAUUGGUUCUGAGAAUACUACCAAUGAAGACUAUCAGAGUAUUGCACUAUACUUUGAAGGAGAAAAAAAACAUUUUCAGGCGGGCAAGUUCUUUUUGCUGUGCGGUCAGUAUGCCCGGGCACUAAAACACUUUCUGAAAAGUCCAAGCACAGAAGAUAACAUGGCUAUAGAAAUGGCUAUUGAAACAGUGGGGCAGGCAAAAGAUGAAGCACUAACUAAUCAGCUGAUAGACUACCUUAUGGGGGAGAGUGAUGGUAUGCCCAAGGACGCCAAGUAUCUGUUCCGCUUGUACAUGGCACUAAAGCAAUACAGAGAAGCUGCCCGAACUGCCAUAAUAAUUGCCAGGGAGGAGCAGUCUGCAGGAAACUACCGAAAUGCACAUGAUGUUCUUUUCAGUAUGUAUUCAGAACUCAAAACACAGAAAAUUAAAAUUCCUUCUGAGAUGGCUACAAAUCUUAUGAUUCUACACAGCUAUAUUUUAGUAAAGACUCAUGUCAAACGUGGAGAUCACAUGAAGGGUGCACGCAUGCUUAUUCGUGUAGCCAACAACAUCAGCAAGUUCCCCUCACAUAUUGUCCCAAUCCUGACGUCAACAGUGAUUGAGUGUCAUAGAGCAGGAUUAAAAAACUCAGCUUUCAGUUUUGCUGCUAUGUUGAUGAGACCUGAGUACCGCAAUAAAAUAGAUCUUAAAUACAAAAAGAAGAUUGAAGCAAUGGUCAGACGACCAGACACAUCUGAGGCAGAAGAGCCAACUACACCAUGCCCAUACUGUGAAUUCCUGCUCCCAGAGUGCGAACUCCUCUGCCCUGGAUGUAAAAACAAUCUUCCAUAUUGCAUUGCAACUGGUCGGCAUAUGGUAAAUGAUGACUGGACAGCCUGUCCAAAUUGUGACUUCCCUGCCCUGCACUCAGAGUUUAAAAAUAUGUUGCAGAGUGAAAAUAUAUGUCCAAUGUGUUCAGAAAGAGUUAGCAUGGUCCAUCUUAAGAAGAUAGCUGACUGCACACCAUACCUCAACCCAGAAGAAAUGGAACAGUGAAUUUAUUCAAGUCUGUUUUUCUUGACUCAAAACAAUUGGCUCGCUCCAAAAUCCUGCAGUCCUGGAAAUGAGCUCAACAACAGAGAGAACUGUAGAACCCAACAAGCCAUUUUCACAAGCAUUUUUCAACACUACAAAAAUUGAAGUUUCUAGUGCAUAUUUUACAGAUUAGAAAUCUAUUGUCAAAAUAUUUCUUAAUUGGGUCUUGCCUUAGGUAAUUUAUAUCUGGAGGACCUUGAUAUACAUCAGUGUUACACACACAAAAUGCUGUAAUUCAUCUACAGCCAAACUGGGACUUACUUGCGGUAUCUCUUUGGAACCUAGUGCUUUUGGACCCUCUCGAUUAAGGAAGCUUCGAUAUGCCUGGUAGUUGAUUCGUUUCUUUUCAGAGUCCUCAGGACUGAUAGACUUUGAAAGAAGAAAUUUACUAUAAGCAAGGAAACAAUCAAACUCAGGCUUUACCUUCUUUAAAAGUUUCCAAAUAGCUUUUUGUGCGUAAAAGGAGAAGCAAACCCUAGGGCUCACUUUUAAAUGCUGACAUGUAACUAGCAGCGACACUGGUCUUUACAAAAGGAAAAUAACUCUACAGUACGGCAACACACCUCUUUAAAUGUGUGAAAAGUAAUUCACUGUUUAUGUUAGGGCUCCUCCAGACAUGGAGUUAUUCCCUAAUAACUAUCCACUUAAAACUCAUAUCCUAGCGUAAUCCAGAAUAUUUUUCAUGUGUAGACAUGCCCUAAAUUGAUACACACAACCAAUAUAUUUUGCUAUGCUUCAGAUGCGUCAGCCUUUUAUUCAUAAAAAAACUAAAAAGUUAAAAAAGACCUAUUAGAGAAUCCUGGCCUUUCUCCUCGUAAAUUCCAUAUUGUCUAUUUCUCUGCACAAACACAGGGGAUGAUUUUGGGUAUGCAUGUAAAACUUUAGAGAUAGUAUUUGCCAUUUUCAGCUGCUGGGGGUGGGGAGGUAGGAAAUGAUCUUCAGAAUCCUAUCUCAAAUCAACAUUUAACUACUGGUAAUUUAAGAUUAGCAGAUUCUGACAUUUCAGUGUCUAGGAUUAAAAACAAGAAAGGUGGGAAUUGUUGAAAAGCUGACUAUGCUGUGCUUAAGUCUGCAUUUCUUAUAUAUUUAUUAACAUGUAUUCUAAAUGAACUUCCUCCUGUGUCACCUAGUACAUCCUGUCAUCGAGAAUGCAGUAAGAACAAUCUUCAGAUCUGUAUCAUGUAUAGCACCAAGCACAUAACAAAUAAUAAAGUCUAGGUGUCUAGGAGAUAAAGAAAUUAACAUUAGUUGUUUUCUGUUAAUAUAUUUCCAUACCAAAGAUUCAAAAAGCCAUCAACCUCUGAGAUCUCUUUGGUCACCAAGAAAGCCCUCACUCACCACCAACUCCACCUCUUCCCCAAUUUCUGCAUUAUGUAGCUAUUCAGACAAGUGCUUUCUUCCCACAGAACUUUUUUAAUCGAU